AUGUCCAGUAGAGAUUACUCGACAGCGACGAGUGUGGAUGCUCUUGUGUACCAACUGGAGGAUGACAAACCUGUUGUACGCUGGAAAUCGCUGAAGAAACUUCGAAAGAUUGCAGCAGUCGAAACGACUCACUUUCCUGUUCGCAACGCACGGCGAUUUCUCCAAUGCGUUCGCAGGCGAAUUAUAAACGAGCCAGAUCGUCGUGUAGCUAUUGAGGCGCUAAGGUUAAUAGGAGACGUCAUGUCUUCUCUUGGGGAUAACCUUGAUCAAAUCCUUUCGUCAAUCCUGCCACACUUGAUCUCGCUUUUACCGAUGGCACGCAAGCAGCAGGAGAAUGAGGAAGAUAGCAACGUGGAUUCACAUAUGUUGUAUGAGGAAAUCAUUGAGGUUUUUCGAAAGUACACGAUCGUUACACAGGAUUUGCAAGCUGCUGCUGAUCUGCUUGUUAAUAUUGGCCUAGGAAGUGGCCAGGGAUCAGUGCGGGAAGCGUCGCUUGUUGCCCUGAUGCAAUUACUGGACGAACGAUAUCAGAAACGUCUGAUGAAUCACGACAAUUCUAAAAUUGGGACAAUUGGGCGAAGAGACAAAGCAAUUCUUAUCGCUCUAGUGCAAGCUAUCGUACCAGCAUUAGAAGAUACGAAUGAGAAUGUUGUCGUUGCGGCUGAGGAAGCUAUCGCCAAACUCCAAUCGUACUGGGGAAGUCGCUUUUCGGUCGACGUGAUGGAAUUUCUUAGUUCUGUCGACAAACGAACGCUUAAGGAGCAUCAAGAGCCAAUCAAUGAAUUUUUGCUGGUAUGCACAAACUCUGCAUCACUAUCCAUUUCACCUUCGUUACAGUUGCCUUCAGAUGUACAAUUGGGCACACCUCGGGCUAUACCUCCUUCUCCCUCUCUUCAAUUAAUAGAAGGGCUUUACUUUGGCUUCGUUAAACCUAAUAUUGUGACAACACUUACCAAUUACAUGAGCAAUUCGAAAGCUGACUGGAAGAAACGUACAGCCGCCGUUGAACAGCUUUAUAUCGCUUGCAAGAAAGUAGAUGCCGGCUCUCUGUGUGGAGUUUCCGCUGAGGAGCGAGAUAUUGACGUUCAUAUUGUGAAAAGAGCACUCCAGAUUACUCAAGUAAUCUUCCGCAAGCUGACUUUCUCGCGACAAUUCGAAAACGAUAGAGCACAAGACGACACAAACGACAAGCUUGAUAGCUGUCACAAAAAUUUUAGGAAUGCAGCAUUUAGUAUGACAAAAUUGGUUCCUCCUAUAGUUGAAACUGCAGCAAACUUUGCUGAAGACGAUGCUGAGAUGGAGGGUUUCGUAUAUGCUUUGCUAGGCCAAAUCUUUGCAAGUGCAAUACUUAGUGUCUCAUCCGUUGAGCAGACUCUUGCUUGCACAUUGUUUCACCACCGCCGCUGUCAAGUGCGAGUGGAAGCAGUCAAAGUUUGGCUUGUGCUUCUGUUAAUUGCUGAACGUAAAAAUAUGAUUCCAUCAGACUACGCACCAAAUGAGAAUGUCGUACAAACGCUCGGUUGCCUGCUCGGCGACAACGAUGCUCGUGUUCGUGAUUUAGCUUUGGAAGUAGUUGCUGUGCUUACUAUGGUGUGUCGUUGUAAUAUUUAUGCUUUGUUAGAAACGUGUAUAGACAGUGAGUAUGUCUCACAGCGAGUUGAUUGGGCUGCGUUGCGUGCACGUUUAUGGCGAAAGCAUGUUCCAAAACUUCAAUCGAAUUACACUUUGAUUAUAAAGCCUGCAGCAGCAAGUGCAAGCAGAAACCCAUCGGAUCGCUUUGAUUCGAGUGUGGAGCAGUCACUCGACAAUGUUUCUGAGCUGAGGCUAAUGGUGAUGCACGAAGAGCCGAACUCUGUUGUUGAUUGUUAUCUUCCAACGAAUGGAUGUGCAAAUUCUGUGAAACAGGCAGUGGUAUCAGGAGAAAAUGUUGAGAAUUGCGUUAGUGAUGGUAAUUUUCGGUCAGCAAACAGUCUUACAACGGUUGAUAUUAGUGAUAAGCUUUCUUUCUUGAAAAUGAGAUCAAAUCAAGUUCAUGAAUCUCGUAUCAAGAGAAUACGCGAUCACGAAGUCAAAUUGGAGACCACCCAAGUGCAACCUUUAUCGACGAAUGUCACAGAGCACGACGAUGUUGACGAUCAGAGCAAGGAUGAGACCUUUAGCCGGUCUUCAGGGAAGAGGCGUGUCCAAUUAAGUCAUUGUGAACAUAUUUCAUCACCAUUUGAAGCAGAGAAAUGCUUUUCAGUUCAGCAGCAGCCCACCGAUUUCAGUCCUCAAAAGCUACAAACUUCACAAAGUGAAGGGUUGGCCAUCGAGGAACAUCUGUUAAACUUCGAGUUGCUGAGAAGUCGUCAAGCACAUGUAGAUAAUCAACCCCAGUCACCAGACGAGCGCCCUAUUCGUCCAAUGAACAUCUCAGGUAGCUCCCAAAUUAAUAUUGUCGACAAACACGAACAAGAAACCGAGUCGAGAUCAAAAAAAAGUCGUAAAGGUGUUGCGGCUCUUGCGACUCAAAAACGCCUCGAGGCAAAGGCUAAGCAGAAUAGCUCGCAGUCGCUCGAAUUAUGUCAUGAGUCAGCAAGCAAUGAUGCUGUUUUAGCGGAUCAGCAUUUUCAGCAUAUAAGUAAGCAAGAACCGCGAUAUUUAGAGCCUCAUGAGAUUGCACCCUUGAAUAAUUUGGAAGAAGAGCUGAGUGAAGUUCUUCUAAAUCUUCGGUGUGAUGAUUGGGAGGUAGUUUUCAACGCGUUGAGUGUGGUUCGGCGAUUAGCAGUGCAUCAUUCAAAUGUUAUUGACUCCAACAAAGUCCGCACGAUUAUUGCUGAGGUUAUGGUGCAUGUUAUGAGUUUACGUUCUUUCGUCUCGAAGAAUGCUCUGCUGGCACUUGAAACUAUGUGUGCUGCUUUCGGUCGAGAAAUUGACUCGGAGGUGGAAAACAUUGUUCCUUUCUUGCUCAAACGUUGCGCCGAUUCAAAUUUUUUUGUAUCCGAAUCAGCUAUAGUAACCCUUAAUACUAUCGUACUCAAGUGCUCACCAGCUCGAACAGUAGUUGCGCUACGAUUUCAUGUGAACAGCAAGGCUGUACCGAUCCGUCGGGAAAUAGCGCGUGCCGUUCACACAAUAAUUGUGAAUCAGGCUGAGAUCAAUCAUACUGAUAAGGACCUCGCGGUAGUUCUGCAGCUCGUUGGUCAAUGCCUCGCAGACUCCCACAAUGAAGUUCGAAAUAUUUCUAAGCAGACAAUAUUGCAUUUGCACUUCCAAAAGGGCAUGUCGGGCGAACAAAUCAAGAGAUUUCUGCCAGCAUUGGCACAGACGAAAGUCGACAGUGUCCUUAAUGGAAAAGAUGUGUAUUCUUCUCCAGCGCCCAAACAUUUCAGUAUGGCUGAAGUUGUCGCGGACUUGUCAUCGUCUUGCAGCGCUGCCAAGAGACAAGUAACCGCUGCAUCAUCAGCAAAAACAACACGAAUUAUAAAAAACCAGUCUUCGUGCGGAGUGUCGCCACCUGUAUCAAGCAAUGGAUCACGAAUAAAGAUAGACUUAGAUGAGCUUCAUAGUUUCGAAACAAAACUUGGCAGCAGCAAUUGGAAAGACCGGUUCGAUGCACUACGGGAAACGACUGAUUUCAUAUGUAGCUGCGCUUCGGCUUUGGCUGAAAGCGGUCAGAUACUUAACCUAUUUGACCAGCUUAUUAAGCGUCUAGACGAUGGCAAUGCCAAAGUGAAUAUUUUUGCGCUGGAGUGUAUGGAACAAAUCGUUCCUGCUGUUGGUACUAGGAUGGAGCAGAUUUUGCCAAAUGUUGUACCUGCAAUUACCAAGAAUCUCGCUAAUGGCCGAACGUCAAUCUUAGCUAAGUCUGUUCUGCAAAAACUGUGUGCCCAUGUCGAUCAGCGCUCGCUAUGUCAGCUCUUGGCAAUUCAAGCUCGCAAUGCUAAUUCGCGCGUGCUUCCAGUGCUACUUGAUACGCUAACUCAGCUGACAGCGCAGAGCCUGGAUGACAAGAUCAACUAUGCGUUGACACGAAGUGUGUUGCCUCUUGCGCUGACUAUGCUGAAAGAAGUUAGAAACGUCGUUAAAGACGCGAACACGCGACUCUUAAGGCAACUUCAGAGAAGAUUGGGACUCGCCGUUGUAAUGAGUGCAGCAUCUAAGCUAAGCCCCUCACAGCAAGAUAAACUGUCAUCUGUAUUACGAUGA